AUGCCCGCACCUUCACCCCUCGUUAUCGCGACUGGCGCCGUCCUCCGCCUAGUAAAGGAGGAAAACUCGUACCACAAAGAGCUCGUCGACCAGGAGAAGAAGGUAAAAUCUCUGGAGGACAAGAUUGCCAGCGGCCAGGGAAGCGAGGAUGGCAACGACGAGUACAUGUUGAAGCAGCAGAAACUUGCCGUCGACGAAACCAAGGCCGUGUUCGACCCUCUCCGCAAGAGACUCGCCGACGCCGUUGCGAAGCUGGAGGAUCAGGUAGCGCUCGCUGCGGAUGGUGCAGCUUCUGAGACCGAGCUUCAGAACGCCAAGGAUGCGCUGGGAAAGGCUAAGGAAGCGCAGAACGAGGCUACAUUCUGA